CAGCAAUCAGUUAUCAUUCUCAUUGUAACUCACAAAUAAGACACAACUCCAAAUUAAAAAAUAAAAAAUCAACAAAAAAUGGCUCCACAAAUGGAAUACGUUUCCAAGACGCAACAUUACCUCAAAGUCAAGAAACCUCUGCUGGAGCGGCAAAGACGUGCACGCAUUAACAAGUGUUUGGAUACUCUCAAAGAAUUGGUGGCCGAAUUCCAGGGUGAUGAUUCAAUUAUGCGCAUGGACAAGGCCGAAAUGCUUGAGUCAGCUGUGGCUUUUAUGAAGAAACAAGUUAAGCAGGCGAAUGCGACGAACUUUACUGUGACAAUGCCAAUGGAUUCUUUCCGCCACGGUUACAUGAAUGCUGUCAAUGAAGUUUCCCGUGUCAUGGCUGCCACUGCCGGCAUGGAUGUACAAACUGGCAAGGCUGUUAUGGUACAUUUGGGCAGUGAAUACAAUCGUCUAUUGCAAAUGUCAGCUAUUUGCCAACAAAAGGAGAUGGUGGAAGAAGAAUCCUGCUCGGCUCCCAUGUCACCAGCUUCAUCGGGUUAUCACAGUGACGAUGGUGAGGAAUCAUCUGCAGCAGCCACCUCCGUUUGGCGUCCUUGGUAAGGACAGAAGCUGAAAAACCUUGUAACUUUUUGAAAAGAAAUCGAAAGCUUUAAUUUGAAUAACCUACGAGAAGAAGACUGCGAUAUAUGUUCCACUGUGAUAACCAAUUACUUAGUUUUAAGAUAAUUUGUAAGAAGAAAAAAAAAAC